AUGGAGCCCACCACCCUCUACGUGCGCCACCUGCCCUCGGAGCUGAGCCCCGCGGAUCGAGAGGAGCUGCUGCGGCUCGUGGGCGCCGUCCGGAUCCGGAUCAUGCCUGACGACCGGAAGAUGAAACACGCCGCAUUUGCCUCCUUCCAGAACCACGAGGACGCCCGGCACGCCCUCUCCCUGCUGCACCAGAGGGAGAUCCUGGGCCGACGCCUCACGGUGGAGUUCGCCAAACAGCAACAGGUGCCGCCCGUGGGGGACGGUCCGAAGCCCGUCGUCAAGGAGGCCCCCGGUCCGGAACCUACCGGGAAGGAAGUGCUGAGGACGGACAUGGAGGCGUUCUCCAAGGGGCUGCACGGGGUCGCCCCCGCACUGGGGCUGGACUAUCUCCCGUCGCCCAUGCUCAAGUAUAAGUAUCCUCCGCCCACGGCGACCGUCAUACGGAACAUCGGCCACGCCCUCGCCUCCUGCCCCAAGUUCUACACCCAGGUCCUGCACCUGAUGAACAAGAUGAACCUCCCCGCGCCGUUCGGGCCGCCCACGCCGGCGCCGCCCCUGGCCGUGGAAGAAGAGGUGGAAGAAGUGGUCAUGGAAGAGGAGGAGGAAGAGUCCGAGUACGAGAGCGAGCCGGAGAGGAGGGAGGAGCGGGAGGCGGUCCGGGAGAGGCCGCCGGCGAGGCCCAAGCCGAAGAGGAAGCGGCGCAGGCUGGCGGAUCUGGUGCCCGUGGUGGUCCCGGCGUCUUCCCGGGAAAAGACGGAACCUUCGGAAGUGUUCGAAUCUCGGCCGCUGAGCCAGAAGAAGAUCAGCAUGAAGAUCGACCCGACGGCGCUGGCGGAUCACAACCAGAAAAUACCCAAACCGGAAGAGGAGCCCGCGGGCGGCUUCGGAGCUUUCGGCGGGGCGCCGCCCUCGGGGGACGACCCCUCGGAGCAGAGGGCGGCGGCGGAGGAGGACGACUGGCACGACGGCCGGUUCAUAUCCCUGGAGGAGCUGCGCCGGAAGAGGCUGUCGAGCAGGGAGAUGAGGACCAUGUCCGUCUUCAGGAACUACUCCCCGGGCGAGCCCACCCUGAGGCUCUACAUCAAGAACCUGGCCAAGCAGGUGGUGGAGAAGGACCUGCGCCACAUCUUCGGCAGGUUCGUCGACGCGGACUCGGAGCGGGAGCGGGAGAUGUUCGACGUCAAGCUCAUGAAGGAGGGGAGGAUGAAGGGGCAGGCCUUCGUCACCCUGGCGAGCGAGGGGCGGGCGGCGGAGGCGGUCCGGGAGACGAACGGGUUUGUCCUCCACACGAAGCCGCUGGUGGUCCACUUUGCCAGGUCCGCAAAGCCGAAGGACGGGAAAUAGACACAUCUCGGAUGUCAAAACAGAACAAUUCAUUAAAGAGUUCGGUUUUACGCCAAGCUUCUAGUCUGGCUCAAAGUUUGACUGUACAUAUUUUUUAUUUAAGUAUUCGAAUGUCCAAACAAACAUAAAUACCAUGUGAUUAAUGAGGUUAUGAAUGCAGAGCUCUCAACUGGUCCCUCUUUCAGCUUCCAAGUACCUUUGAUCCCAUUU